CGGGUCGCGGCGGCAGCGGGGAAGAUGGACCCGGGGCCCUCGCCGGGCUGCAGCCUCAAGGAUGUGAAGUGGAGCACGGCGGCCGUGCCGCUCGAUCUUCUGGUCAGCACUUACCGGCUACCCCAGAUCGCGCGGCUGGACAGCGGAGAAUGCAUAGAAGGACUACGGGAGAAUGACUACCUGCUGAUCCACUCAUGUCGUCAGUGGACCACCAUCACUGCCCAUAGCCUAGAGGAGGGCCACUAUGUCAUUGGGCCAAAGAUAGAGAUCCCUGUACAUUAUGCAGGACAAUUCAAGCUGCUGGAACAAGACCGAGAUAUAAAGGAGCCAGUGCAAUAUUUCAACAGUGUGGAGGAGGUGGCCAAAGCAUUUCCUGAACGUGUAUAUGUCAUGGAGGAAAUAACAUUCAAUGUGAAGGUUGCUUCGGGUGAAUGCAAUGAAGAUACUGAGGUUUACAACAUCACCCUGUGUACUGGGGAUGAACUCACUCUCAUGGGGCAGGCAGAAAUCCUUUAUGCAAAGACCUUCAAGGAAAAAUCCCGACUCAACACAAUUUUCAGAAAGAUUGGGAAGCUCAAUUCCAUCAGCAAGCUGGGUAAAGGGAAAAUGCCAUGUCUCAUUUGCAUGAAUCACAGGACCAAUGAAAGCAUCAGCCUUCCGUUCCAGUGCAAGGGCAGAUUUAGCACCCGGAGUCCCCUGGAACUUCAGAUGCAGGAGGGGGAACACACCAUCCGCAACAUUGUGGAAAAAACCAGGCUCCCUGUGAAUGUGACUGUGCCAAGCCCUCCACCCAGAAACCCCUAUGAUCUCCACUUCAUCAGAGAGGGACACCGCUACAAGUUUGUGAAUAUCCAGACCAAAACCGUAGUGGUAUGCUGUGUGCUACGGAACAACAAGAUCCUUCCCAUGCACUUCCCUUUGCAUUUGACUGUCCCCAAGUUCAGCCUCCCAGAACACCUGGUAAAGGGAGAAGUAUGGCCCGAAACCCUGGUCCAUCACUGGCUUGGGAUCUGCCAAGAGCAGUUUGACAUCGAUGAGUAUUCUCGGGCUGUGCGUGACGUGAAAACAGACUGGAAUGAGGACUGCAAGAGCCCCAAGAAGGGCCGGUGCUCUGGCCACAACCAUGUGCCCAAUUCCCUCAGCUAUGCUCGAGAUGAGCUGACCCAGUCCUUCCACAGGCUCUCAGUCUGUGUAUAUGGCAACAAUCUUCAUGGCAAUAGUGAGGUGAACCUCCAUGGCUGCAGGGACCUAGGAGGAGAGUGGACCUCCUUUCCUCAUGACAACCUGCCCUGUCAGGACUCUGGUGACAGCGGGAGUGAUUACAUUUUCCCAGAAGCUUGUGAAGAAUCAGCAGGUGUCCCAGGGAAGUGCGAACUUCCUUAUGAAGAACUAUGGCUGGAGGAAGGCAAGCCCAGCCAUCAGCCUCUUUCUCACUCACUGAGCGAGCAGAGCAGGUGUGACCCACUGAGAGGUUCUGUCCGGUCCAAAUGUGUAACUUCUCCUCUUCCUGUCCCUGGGACUCUGGGAGUCUCAAUGAAGUCUUCAGAAAUUGCCCUACCUCCACCUCCAGUGCCUCCCAAAUCGGAAGCCGUCAGGGAAGAAUGUCGGCUCCUGAAUGCCCCACCUGUUCCACCCCGAAGCGCAAAGCCUCUGUCUACAAGUCCCUCGAUCCCUCCUCGCACAGUCAAGCCAGUGCAACCACAGACUCGCUCUCCCAGCCCCACCUUGUCCUACUAUUCUUCCGGGCUUCACAACAUCAUUACUAAAAGUGACACAAGUCCUUCUGACAGUAUUUCUGUUACUUGCUAUCCCUGCACCCGAGUGAAGGCUGACUCUGUGGACCCCAGGUCCCCCUUUGGAAGUCCUUGUGCAGAUGCACUGUUCUCCAGACUCUCAUGGCCCAACCAUUACUUGGGAGCAUCUGAAAGUCAGACCAGGAGUGAUUUCCUGCUAGAUCCAAGCAGGAGCUACAGCUACCCCAGACAGAAGACCCCUGGCACACCAAAGAGAAACUGUCCAGUACCUUUUGAUUUUGAUGUCUGUGAGCUCAGCCCACCAAGCUCAGUCACUGCGGAAUUUGGCAGCAGUGUCUCAGGUUGUCCCAAGUCAGCCAGCUACUCUCUGGAGAGCACCGAAGAUAGCAUUCUUGCAGGUGGCAUGACCAAGCAGAGUGUCUCCUGCCCUGCCUUACCUCCCAGGGCCCCCAAGCCAGCGGAGCAGAAAGCCACCUCUGAAACAUCUCCUUUGCCUCUGAAAAUUGAUGGUGCUGAGGAGGACCCCAAGGUGGGUUCACUGGACCUCUCUGAAGACCAGUAUCUUAUAAAAAAGGGCAUGCAGGAUAUCUUCUCUGUCUCAUAUCCUUUCUCAUCUCCACUCCACCUCCAACUGGCCCCCAGGUCCUGUGGCGAUGGUUCCCCAUGGCAGCCACCCACUGACUUAUCGGGACUUUCUAUAGAGGAAGUGUCCAAGUCAUUACGGUUCAUUGGUCUGUCUGAAGACGUCAUAUCUUUUUUUGUCUCAGAAAAAAUUGAUGGGAAUUUGCUUGUUCAGCUAACAGAAGAAAUCCUCUCAGAGGAUUUCAAGUUAAGCAAACUGCAGGUGAAGAAAAUUAUGCAAUUCAUUAAUGGAUGGAGGCCAAAAAUAUAGCCAAAUAUCCCCAGCCAGCAUGGGCAAGGUUGAGAAAUUGUGUGUUAGGAGGGGGGGCUGGGAUACAGCUUCCUGUUUUUGCACUACAAAAUCUUCUCUGUAAUUAAGGAUAAGAAACACUCUUACUAUGCAGAUUCCAUUUUCGAAUGGUGACCAGGCUAUUUUGUACAUCAAUAAAGAUGCUGUAUGGAAUACUGUGGAGGUGUGCCUUGUAUGUCACUCAACAUUCAACAGCUGCUAAAAGAACUAAAGGCAUAUUGAGAGAACUCAUUCUAAUCCCAGUAAGUGUUUGAGAAGGUAUAUUUAUUACAAAAUAGCCAAAGCUGAAAGACACAAUAAUCUAUAAAACAUUCUUGAGCCAUUCCUUUCAGCUGGGCAGUUGACUUUAGGCAAUUAACUCUGUUCUGUGCUCUGUCAUUUGCCUUGCAUCUUGUUUGACUCUUGUGCUUGGACAUAUUAGUGACAUGAAAUGAUACUUUAAUGUUAUAUGCUUGGUGGGAAUCUUUUUAUUGAAAGGCAUUUUCCAAAGUCAUGUUUUGAGAGAGGAUAUAUGACAUCCUUAGAAAUAACAAAAUCAUGACCACGUAUUUUAUCUGUAACUCCUGCUGGGUUUAUUAGAUAGUAUCUGUUUACUUUCAUAUAUCCUUUCAGAUUUUGGGACCGUUAGCUGAGUUAAUUCUUAGAAAUGGUUAACAAAAUGAUUCCAAAGCUCUUAGGCCUAAACCUUGAAGUUCAUAGGCAUUAUCCUUGAAAACUUGGACAAGAUCAGUAAAGUGUAUUGUAUAAUUAAGUGUGAUUUUAAGCCCAUAGAAGAGCUGAUAUUUGCAUAUCCAUGUUGCCAUUUGAGGAGAUGACAGUUACUUUUGAAUGGUCAUUCUUUUUCCCUACUGUUGGAUAAUGAGAGGCAUACACGGAAGUGUUCAAUUAUUCCAAAGUAUAAUCAUUCUCACUCUUGACUUUUUGAAGUCAUCUAAACUUAGAAAAGCUUCCAUUUUCUGAGCAAGGCAACCUCCCAAUAGCCCCCAAGCUUGUCCCAGUAAUGGGUAAAGAUCCUCUCAGAUGUGAUCAGUGGGCCACCUAGGGUCAGUGUGUCCUGCAGGUUGAGUCAUAUUUCUUUAUCUCUUCUUGCUCACUAGAAAAUAAAUAAAUAAAUGUAAAGAUAAGAAAUACUCCCCCCACCCCAAAAUUUAGGUCUGCAGUCCUCAUUUUUUUGGCAUUAGAAAACUAUUUUAAUUCAUCUUUUCUUUAUACUUGAGAUGAGUUGAUACAAUAUUUCAUCUUCAAUCCCAUUUAAAAAAAAAACUUUUUUUGCUUUUAACAUACUUACAAAAUGUAAAUACUAUACUCCAAGUAAAAGAGUAACCCCAUAAAUUGGUAACCCCAGUGGUUCUUCAGAAGUAACUGAUGAGCCUGUGAAGAAAUUUCUACUACUUCCACACCCCAAGACCCAUGAUGCUCCUAUUUUAGAAAGCAACCUUCUGUGUGAGGGGAAACUUAACACCUUAGAAAGUUACCAACUCAGAAAUUUCCUCAAAAAUAAACACAGACAAGAUGAAGCAGAGUGGCCACACUUGCUCCCUCCACUCUUCAGAACUAGCAAUCAGACACAGCUCAAACUCAGACCAGCAAUAGUCUGGGUUAUGAAACCAUACAAUGAAGGUUACCCCACAUAUACAAUGGACUCCUUUUUAUCUCUCAUCUUCUUUAAAAACCUUAUACAAAACAAGAUUCUCUUCUUUGUGUUCCUUUGUUUGGUUCUGGUAUAUUUAUGCCAUGUCUGUAUUGAUUGGCAGCAUAGCACCCCCUUGAGGACAAGGACUGACUUAGAAUUCAUGUAUUCAUUAUACAUUCAUUGGGCAUCUUCUGUAUCCCAGACACAGUAUUAAGGAAAGGCCUUCCCUCUUGGGACUUACAUUGUUUACAUCUAGUGCCAUAGUUGCUGAGACCAUAUGUAUGUAUGAACAAGACAUGACAUGAAAUCUUCCCACCAGCUGAAUGUAUGAAUGACAUGUGUCCCAUCUUGAAGGAAUCCACAGAUGAAGGCAAUGACCACCUCUACUAAGGUACAAGAUAGAUACUACUAUCAAGACACUAAGACUUGGAAUAUGUUAAAGAAAGAAAGUGUCUCUCAGUCUCAUGUUUUCUUUAUUGGAUUGGGAUUCUAUGAUGAUUAUCUACCGGCAUUUCUGAAAUCUACAAAUUUCCAUAUACCAGCCAAGAACAUGUCAGUGGAGGACCUUGACUAGACAAAGAAUAUGUAAGCCAGAGACAAUUGUGACAGAAAUUACGUAAAGGGGGUAAGAGGUAAAAACAACCCUUCCCUUCCAAUAGCUGGAGUUUCACAUGAAAAGCAAGGUGCAGAGGUCCUUAUAAACAGAGGCUUUAUCAACAUCCUGACAGUACUUUCCUUCUGUGACAGGCUCCCUGCAAGCCCAAGAGUGACAUUGGUAUUGUGGAGAAGAGUCUGCUUAAACAGGAUCUUUUUUUGUUUGGGAUACUUAAAUUAAUGGUUAAAAACAUCUUAAUGCCACAUACACCUCCCCUUCAGAAAAGAAAAUCAGCAAUAAGCUAAGCCAUGCAGCUGAAAUGUAAAAUAUGGAGUCAACUCUGAGAAAACUCAAAACACCAACCAAUUCCUUCUCAGAUUCUUUUUAAACACCUGCAAGUUCCCUCUAAGUUGAUCUGCUCAACUUUAUGAACUGUAAAAAUGUACUCUACCAGCCCACAUAUACCAUUCAAGGCUAUGAAGUUCUAGCAAACUGCCCAUUCAGCUAAAUCACAGUGUUUAUUCUUGUCUCAUAUAAAAAUACAACAACCCUAUGGGAAGUAUCAUGAAGGUCCAUUCCAAAUGAUCAGACUUGUGCAUAAACCACCGUUUCUCACAUUCCAGGACCCUUCUUACCAUCCAUGUGCCAUGGGUAGGUAUAGGUGGAUGGAAUCCUUCCUUGUCCAGACACUCUGUGUUAAGUCACUACUCAUCAUGCCUAAUGUUUGUAAGAUUGGCAUUCUGAAUAACAAACUGAGAAACAAAACAGUUCUCCAAAGAAUCUAGUGAGUGUUUUAGUUUCAGUCGCCCAAAAACAAGUCUGUUGUUGGAUGCAUGAAGCUUUCAGAAACACAUUAGUUAUAUCAGUUUCCACUGUUCUAGUAAUAUAAAAGCUGCUAAGUCAAGAAGAGUCAAAGGGCCAGAGUCCAAAUGAGGGAAGGUAGCACUUUGAUACUGUGGGAUUGUAAUGUAGGACUAUUGUGGACACAUCAUGUGAAAUCACAAUGUUGAGUCUUCAAGACCUUUUGUUUUAAAAUUUGUCUUAUUUUGAUAGCCAGAAAUAAGGAGCAAAUGUGAUUUUGGUAAAACUAAGUAUAAAAGUCUUCUGUAACUAUGAUCCUCUGUCUAAUUUCUAAGCUAUGAGUUUUGUAAUAAAGCUUAUCAGAUAGCAAAUUUCCUUUGUGUGUAAUCUCCCUGAAUAGGGCUUAGAUAAUUUCCUAGCCAUAAAUGCCUUCUCCCAUUUUCAUAUCAAGUUGUAUUUAAAAUAUUGUUUCAGCUAAGACUAAAAAUAGGACUCAAGAAUCGGAGUUUUCCAUAAUUUAUAUGGAAAUGGUGUACAUUCAAAGACUUUUAGAGAACCACCUUUACAGGUUCUUGGCUGGCCAAACAUUGAGUUAACAGUUGCAUUCCUUCCCAGAACAUGCUUGAAUGGGUCCAAUGUGUACCUCAAGGUAAAUGUGGUAUGUUAUGUCUAAAAAUAAUACAUUGUCUGUUGUUUAAAUGGUUCUGAAAUGUCUAUAAAUAAAGGACUUUUCAAGGUU